AUGUUUUCCGGUUACAUCAAUGUGGACGCGGAGAACGGCCGCAACAUUUUCUACUGGUUCAUGGAGGCCCAGGAGAACACGGAAGACGCACCCGUGAUCCUUUGGACGAACGGAGGGCCGGGAUGCAGCGGCAUGCUUGGCCUCUUGACUGAACACGGACCUUUCCAGGUGCGUGACGGGGGCAAGACCCUGGUGGACAACGACUACUCUUGGAACAAGGUCGCCAACAUGCUCUACGUGGAGAUCCCCAGCGGCGUGGGCUUCAGCUACAGCGACACCGUGACAGACUACCAGACCGGGGACGACAAGACCGCCGUGGACAACUACUGGCUCGUGCAGGGCUGGCUAGACCGCUUCCCUCAGUACCGAAGCAACGACUUCCACAUCUCUUCCGAGUCGUACGGCGGUCACUACAUGCCCCAGCUUGCCGAGGAGAUCCUCAAGAGGAACGAGAAGGUCAAGGUGGAUGGGUCAGCCCCGGUCAUCAAAUUCUCAGGCUUCCUCGUGGGAAACCCCUACACGGAUGCGCGCUCCAACCAGGUGGCGCAGUACGCCAAGUACUGGGGCGACCAGCUGCUGCCCAAGUUCGUGUACGAUGACUGGCGAAAGAUGUGCGUGGACGAAGACGGAGGCUAUCUCUCCGGAGCCAGCAGGAGCGAUGCUUGCGAGGGGUUGGAAGAGACCAUGGACGGAUACAUUGGCAACGUGAACCCGUAUGCUCUGGACUACCCCAUGUGCACCGGGGAGAGCGGCACUACAGUGGCGCACGCACAGCGCCUGGCCAUGCGAGACCACCACCUUGUCGCCUGGAUGCAGCAGCGGCAGACUGAGGAGGCUGAGGGUCGCGUGGGUUACACUCGUCCCGUUGUGGAAAGGGCUGCACCGUACGAGCCGUGCGCCGAGGACUACACCAUCCCGUACCUCAACCGCCCCGAUGUGCAGCAGGCGUUACGCGUGAGGGAGGGGACGGUGUGGGAGCAGUGCUCGACGCAAGUGCAGUACAAGACGUCCCAUAUGCUGCGGCCCAUGAUGCCCUACUACAAGAGGCUACUGAACGACUACGAUGUCUCCGUCCUCGUCUUCUCGGGGGAUGACGAUGCGGUGUGCGCAACUGAGGGCACCCAGUGGUGGAUCUACGACCUCGGCUAUGCCGUGGACAAGGACUGCACGUGGAAGACAUGGGAGGAGGGGGGACAGGUGGCCGGCUACCACACGCGCUUCCAAGGCGCCAAGCUUUCCUUCGUCACGGUGCACUACGCGGGCCACGAGGUUCCCGCCUACCAGCCCGCGAGAGCGCUCAUGCUCCUCCGGCGGUAUCUAGACGGGUCGUGGUGGGGGGGGGACGCGGAGGUCGAGGGGGGGGGUACCGGUGGUGUUGCCACCCACUCGCAAUUGACAUCCGCGUAGUAGGCAUAUGCGGAGGAACAAAAGUGUAGAUAGUAUUCUCCGUCAACCAUGGAAUGAACGACAUGCUUCAGGGAUCGCACGUUGGGCUGGCUGGAGGUUGAAGUGGCGGAGUAAGGUGGGGGAAGACCCUGAUUCCCGGAAUAUGCUUUGGCCUUGUUGGCCUGUUGAGUUGCGUUCCCCCAUAUCGCUGGUGUCUUCUUCUCCCAGCGGCAUGUGUCUGUUAAUUUUUUGUUCAUUGCCGUUCGCUGUGCGUAGCUUAGUUGUCGCGAACAGCUGAACGUAGUUGGUUA